CCCGGAACCUAUGUCGUCAGCAAGCCCAUCGUUCAGUUCUACUACACCCAGCUCGUUGGCGAUGCCAUCUCCCCGCCCACCAUCAAGGCUUCUGCAGGCUUCCAGGGCAUGGCCGUCAUCGACUCGGACCCUUACGACAACCAGGGCAACAACUUUUGGGUGAACCAGAACAACUUUUUCCGCCAGGUCCGCAACUUUGUCAUUGACCUCAGAGACAUGCCCUUCACCGUCGGCGCCGGCAUCCACUGGCAGGUCGCACAGGCGACGAGCUUGCAGAACAUCGUCUUUAACAUGCGCACCGACGGCGGCGACGCCAACACGCAGCAGGGCAUCUUCAUGGACAACGGCUCUGGCGGGUUCAUGGUCGACCUGACCUUCAACGGUGGCAAGUACGGCGCAUUCUUCGGAAACCAGCAGUUCACCACCCGGAACCUGACCUUCAACAACUGCAAGACGGCCAUCUUCAUGAACUGGAACUGGGCCUGGACAUUCCAGGACAUCAAGAUCAACAAUUGCGGCAUCGGCAUCGACAUGGCCAACGGGGGCACCACCCAGACGGUUGGCUCGGUCCUCGUCGUCGACAGUGUCUUCCAGAACACCCCGGUCGGCGUCUUGACGGCCUAUAACCCUUCGUCUCCGCAGACCAACGGCACUCUGAUCCUCGACAACGUCGACAUGACCUCGGGUGUCCCCGUCGCCGUCUCCAACGCUCUCACCAAGGCCACCGUCCUCGCCGGCAACCAGAAGAUCGGGUUGUUCGCCCAGGGUCGCGCCUACGACAGCGGCAGCGGCACCGGAGGCAAGGCCGUUCAGGGCUCGCAUACCGCCGUCACCAAGCCGGAUUCGCUCCUCAACAAGGCCACCGGCAAGGUCUUCACCCGCGCCAAGCCGCAGUACGAGAACGUGCCGGCGAGCUCGUUCAUCAGCGUCAAGUCCAAGGGUGCCAAGGGCGACGGCACCACCGACGACACGGCGGCCAUCCAGGCCAUCUUUGACAGCGCCACUGCCGACCAGGUCGUAUAUUUCGACCACGGAGCCUACCUCAUCACCGACACCGUCAAGGUCCCUAAGAACAUCAAGAUCACGGGCGAGAUCUGGCCCCUCAUCCUCGCCGGCGGCAACAGCGCUUUCAAGGACCAAACGAAGCCGAAGCCCGUCUUCCAGGUCGGCCAGCCUGGUGACGUCGGCUCGGUCGAGAUGUCGGACCUCAUGUUUGAGACUGCGGGCCCGCAGCCGGGCGCCAUCCUGGUGGAGUGGAACGUCGCCGAGUCGAGCCAGGGCGCCGCGGGCCUGUGGGAUGUGCACUUCCGCAUCGGCGGCUCGGCCGGCACGCAGCUCGAGCUGGCGCAGUGCGCCAAGAAGCCCGACAUCACCAACCCGGUCGACCCCAAGUGCUUCGGGGCGUUCCUGCUCCUGCACAUCAGGGAACAGUCCAGCGCCUACCUGGAGAACACGUGGUUCUGGGUGGCAGACCACAGCCUCGAGCCGGCCGACAAGUCGCAGCAGAUCGACAUCUUCAACGGGCGCGGCGUGCUGAUCGAGACGCAGGGCCCCGUCUGGGGCUUCGGCACGUCGAGCGAGCACUCGGUGCUCUACAACUACCAGAUCCAGAACUCGGCGGCCGUGUACCUGGCGCUGAUCCAGACCGAGACGCCCUACUUCCAGGGCAACCCGGCGGCGACGACGCCCUUCGCGGCCAACGCGGCCUUCGGCGACCCGGACUUCGCGGCGGCGUGCCCGUCGGGCGACGGGCGGGGUUGUCAGCGGGCGUGGGGCCUGCGGGUGGUCAACUCGAGCGACGUGUUCGUGUACGGGGGCGGGCUGUACAGCUUCUUCGACAACUACGCCCAGACGUGCCUGGACA